AUGUGGUCGAUCUUCUCCAUCAUCAGAGCUAGAGUGACGCGUCAUGUGAUCUCUUGCAUGUCUUGUAUCAGGUGAUCUUAGUUUACAAAUAAAUAGUGCCGCUGGUUAAUCGCGGUUUGCUUUGAUUUCCCGAUGUUCAUUUGUGAUGUGAACUUGACAAAAAACAUACUGCGCCACGGUCACCGGUCCAGUGCUGAGUCUAUAGGACCUCCCUAGUGCUGUAUUUUUAAUUUUGCACGCGCACGGCUGAGCUGAGGGGAACCCUCGUCAGCAGUGUCAGUGUCAGUGAGUACCGUAGAAAAACCGUACAGUUCCACCAGAACUGUAACUAGUGUUUUGAGCAUGCGUCAGUUUGCCCUCAUCAUCCUGUUACUCCUGAUUGUUGGUCAGCCGGUAUCCACCAGACCAAUCAAGCUCAAUCAUGAUCAAACUGGUUUAUACCGGUUCCAAAGCUUUCAGUUACCGUUUAUGGGUGGGCUAGAGUGUGAUGCCUGUAAAGCCAUUAUGGACAUCGUUGAUCAACUGCUUGAGAAAAACACCACAGAAGAUGUCAUAUUGGACGUCAUGGUAGAAUUUUGUAAAGUGGGAGAAAUUGAAACGCCACGAGUCUGUGAAUACAUCGCAAGAGAAUUCAAGGAUGAACUGUUUGGAGUAUUAACCGGUCAUUAUGCCACUCCAGAUGAGAUCUGUGGAAUGCUAGUUGGAAGUUCCUGCGACGUGCCCUAUAACCCCAACACUCCUUGGAAUGUUACAUUUCCUAAAGUAGCCAAGCCCCCGGUGACUAUUCCAAAGCCUCCCAAGGCAGGUUCUCCUAAAUUGACCAUUCUACACCUGAGUGAUUUACAUUGGGAUAGGAUGUAUCAGGAAGGAGCGGAGGUUGAAUGCGGUGAACCACUCUGCUGUCGCUCUAAUGAUAAGAAACCAGCCAAGGGCAAACCGGCUGCUGGUAAAUGGGGAGACUACAGAGGAUGUGAUACACCAACAAGAGUCUUUGAAAACUUGCUACAAACUGUCGCCAAACAACACAAGAUUGAUUUCGUCUACCUUACUGGAGAUUUACCUGCACACGAUGUUUGGAAUCAGACACGUGAAGAUCAAACCAGUAUUAUCAACCAAACAACGGCAAUGUUUCAGACUUACUUGCCCGGUAUUCCUGUCUAUCCAGCAGUUGGUAACCAUGAGAGUUCACCAGUAAAUAGUUUUCCUCCUCCGUUUAUCACUGGACAUAAUUCCAUCACAUGGCUGUAUCAAUCUAUGGUGGAUUCGUGGGUGACGGAGGCAAAAUGGCUGCCAAAAAAUACAACAUCAACCUUGAUCAAGGGAGGUUACUACAGUGUACGACUGUACAAUGGACUCAUUUUGGUGUCAUUGAAUAUGAACAUGUGCAAUGAUCAAAACUGGUGGUUGUUGGAGAAUGAGGAUGACCCCGCUGAGGAGCUACAGUGGCUGAUUGGUGUCUUACAGAAAGCAGAGGAUAACCAUGAUCAUGUGCACAUCUUAGGACAUAUUCCUCCUGGGAGUGGAGAUUGCUUUAAGCAAUGGAGCGAGAACUACAAUAAGAUUGUUAACAGAUAUGAAAGCACCAUCCGGGGCCAGUUUUUCGGGCACACCCAUAAGGACAGCUUUGAGAUAUUCUUUGAACCAAAAACUAAACGUCCGACCAGCAUGCUGUACAACGGGGGCAGUGUUACUACCUAUUCCUACGUCAAUCCGAACUAUAGGACCUACGAAGUGGAUGGCAACUACAAGAACAGCUCAUGGGCUGUAUUGGAUCAUGAAACCUACGUGAUGAAUCUUACUGAUGCGAACCUUACCGAUAACCCCAAAUGGAAUCUGGAAUACACAGCAAAGGCCGCCUAUGGCAUGAAGGCAUUGCAAGCUGUGGACUGGAACGAACUGGUGGGCAAAUUUGAAGCCGUAAACAGCACAUUAUUUGAUCAAUUUUACAAGUAUUAUUACAAGAGUCACGUCACUCAGCCGUGUGAUGCCCAGUGUAAAACCAACUUCAUCUGUGAUCUUAAGACGGCUUGCUCAGGAAGCAAAGAAUUCUGUUAACAAGGCUAUUUACUCCAGGUCCCUAUUUCAUGGCGCUGCUUAACAGGCAGCAGAAAAGGUGUGCUAACCUUAACCCUAACCACCCCAACUCUUCAAAAUCCAACUGCAUGUUUUGUUUGAUUCUGUUGGAGCGAGUACUGCACUUGUAAUCUGGAGUGACAGGAUCCUGGUAAAUAACUCAAGGGGGUUUAUUGGGGUUAAAGAUGCAUAUCCCAUGCUCUUGAAAAAUGGAUUUUUUUUUUGCCUAAUGAAUUUUUCAAUUUGUAUGUUUUGUUUUAACGAAUAAACUGCUGUACUCUGAUUCUGGGCAUCUGCAACCUUCUGAACAAGAGCUUUCAUUUUGUGCACAAAUGAACCCGCCCUGAGAGCCGAAUUAUUGUCUGGCAGCUAAUACAUGUAAUUCAAAUUUUGUGAAAAAGUAAUUCAAUAACUAAACGUCAAUGGCUAAAAUAUCGAGUACGAUUUUUGUUUAAUGAUGAAGCAAACUUUUUUAUUUAAUAUGUAAUUAAUUUUUAUAUUUGAUGUUGAUACUUGCAAUAUGCUGGAAAAAUGUUGAAGGUUUGAAGACCAAAGAGGGUCAUAUCGAUUAUAUUUGAAAGAAAAUCCUUGUAUUUCAUUAUUUGGGAGUUGUAAUUUAAAUUUGAUGCUAACUUGCUAACCACAAAAAUAUAACAUAGAAGAAAUAUUUAUUUUCUAAAUAGUACUACUUUAAUAUUUUAAAGAUGUGAUUUCAGUUUGCGCUACUAUUUAGCUUUAUUUGCCAAUUCGAUUUUUUUUUUCAAUUCCUUCCCCUGUUUUGAAAUAUGUUAAGCAGCUUGGAUUGUUUCAUAUUUCUGAAAUACUGAAAUUUGUGAUUGACGCACAAUAACAUUUGACGUUAAAGGAGAAAUAUACUAUGCAACUGUGUGUAAAUAAUAACUUUAAUGAUAGGAAUAAGUGUAAAGACGUUUUGCCAAAAUUAAAAAUAAUAUUGUAAAUGACAAAUAAUGAAGUAAAUGUUCACAUGACGCGAAAAGCCAUGUUCUAUGUGCAACUCUUAAUUAACUUGAUGAAUAUAAUUAAACAUGAGAAAUGUCAGAGAAACUAAAUGAGGUUUUGAGUUGAAUAAUUGAUACCGAAAUGAAAUUGGAAACAACUUGUUGGAUAACAAUUUGGGCCAUAUAGAUGAAAAAUCACUGCUAAUAAUAUUGUUGCAUUAAAUCGGCCUGUAAACAUAAUAAUAAUACACAUACAAUGCAUUAUUUGAUGUUAUCGAAGGCAAUAUAUUCAGUAUUGGAGUUUAUUACGUUUUUAAUACGUUUAUUAACUUUAUUACGUCCGAUGUUUGUAUUGGAGUUGAAUGUGAAGUAAAGUGAAAAUAAAUAUGAACAUCGACCUACAAGUAUAACCUAUUGAGAAAAUG